AUGGACGACCUCGCGCGCUCCAUGGCCAAGGACAUCCGCGAUAUCCAACCGUACGAAGGCCAGAUGUUCUUGUCAAUGUUCAUCGACGCGAACCCCGAGCACGCUGUGUGGGAGUUCACCAACGACGACUAUGAGGACAUCAAGAACCAGGACAUCGUCACCGCCCUCGCACAAGAGAAGUGCAUCUGCGAGAACGUCAUGUGCUCGGCGUGGCAGAUCCGCAUGUUCGUCAACGCACCUAAGGCGUAUUCCAAGCGGAAGGAUAUUCCAGAUGUAAGGAUCAGAACCAGGAGGUAUCCUGCCACUGACCCGACUAUCGAGCUGGUUCGAACGCGAUCGCAACCGAAACGUAGAGCGCAUCUACAACGCGAUCGCAACCGCAACGUAGAGCGCAUCUACAACGCGAUGGUCAGCGGCGAUCAUGCUAGAGACAACCCCAAAUCAACCGCGCGGAAGAGAUGGAUCGAAGAGCCACAUUACCAGUCCGACUUGUGGGAAAUAGCAAGAGGCCGAACGCGAAGGGUCACAGUGUAUGAAUGCUAA